GACUGAUAUGCCAAAAAAAGAAAAACAUUUACAUUCCGAUUGCACCGCUUCAGACAUUAAUAUAUACUAGCUCUUCAAUUUGAAAUUGGUCACAUACCCCUUCAUUGUUGAUAAAAGAAUUAAAAUUGCAGGAAUAUUGUCUUGGAUGUGAUGAAUUAUGAUGAGACAUUGUCGUAAUUUAGGCUAGGAGGCAGACACGUAACACGGACGUGCAUCACUUGAAUGAGAUGAGGAAUGAGGAUAAUCGAACGGUGAAAGGUGAGAUUGACCUGGUAGUUGCAUUUGGAAGAUGACCAAUUACCUUGGACUAAGGUUGUUGAAUACGAGGGUAGCAGUGUCUGGUGGAGUUUGUUGGUGUUGUCCAACACGUGUUGUUGGUUCCUCUGGAGCAAGAGCGAAGUGGAAAUGGAGAAUUAAGGGUCCUCGCCGCAUGGUAUUGGGCCUUGGAGCUUCGUUCUUGUCCCAGUUUAUGACUAUGAGUGGCAACAACUCCUUCAUUGCCUCUGCCAGGAUAACGGGUGGUCCCUCCGUGGAUGAGAUACUGAAGAACGUGGAAUGGCCAGAGCAGUUCCCCUUCAAGGAUGAGGAUUUCCAGCGCUUUGAUGAGUCAUCAGAUUCCUUGUUCUAUGAAACACCUCGAUUUGUGACACACAUUGAUGAUCCUGCAAUUGCUGCUCUGACUAAGUAUUACUCCAAGGUUUUCCCACCUAGCAACACUCCUGGAGUAAGCAUCUUGGAUAUGUGUAGCAGUUGGGUCAGCCAUUUUCCAUCAGGAUACAAGCAAGACCGAGUGGUGGGAUUAGGCAUGAAUGAAGAAGAACUGAAGAGGAACCCAGUUCUCACGGAGUAUGUUGUGCAAGACUUAAAUGUGAACCCCAAACUCCCAUUUGAGGAUAACUCUUUUGAUAUCAUCACUAAUGUGGUCAGUGUUGAUUACCUAACAAAGCCUCUUGAUGUUUUCAAGGAGAUGUGCAGAAUACUCAAGCCAGGUGGACUGGCCAUAAUGAGCUUUUCAAACCGAUGCUUCUGGACAAAAGCCAUUUCUAUAUGGACAUCAACAGGGGAUGCUGAUCACGUCAUGAUUGUUGGGUCUUAUUUCCAUUAUGCUGGAGGAUUUGAACCUCCUCAGGCUGUUGAUAUAUCUCCUAAUCCUGGACGGUCUGAUCCUAUGUACAUAGUGUACUCUAGGAAGCUCUCUACAGCUUGAGAGAUAUUGGAAAGAGAACAUGUAGCAUUGUAUUUACGUAUCAGCAGUGACUCUAAUGGGAGAAUUUGUUCAUAUUACAUUUUUUUGUAGCAAUGUUUGUUGUGCACGAAGCCCUUCAUGGCUAUGUACUCAAUAUCACAUCAUUAUAUGAAGUAAUAGAUAAUGUAUUGGACACAGCAUAAAUUUUGAAACUGUUAGUACUUGUUGCCCCCAGCAUUGGACACAAACUGAAUUCCAAGUUCUAUGUUUCGUCUAUGCUACAAUCAUAUGCAUAAAAAUGGCUAGUUUGGGAAGAUCUCUCUUUCGGUUAAUGGAAGAUCUUGA